UUUAAAUAUUCAAAUAAAAUUUGUGUAUUUUAUUCCCCGGUCAUUCAUACUAACGAAACAAUAAUAAAUCAAUAUACAUAGUUACUAACAUCACGUCUACAAAAUGUUCGACCUUAUUUUUAUUAAAACAAAUCGAACAAAUAUAUAUAAGCAGAAAAAGCUUCAACACACCAGGCACACAUCAUUUUAUUCUUGUAUCACUAACAAGAAAAAUGAUCACCAAGGGCCUAGUUCUUUUGACCUUUGCAGUUCUCUAUGCAUACGCCGCGUGCAAGAGCGAUACCGCUCUAGUUGAAUGGACUGGAGGAAUGUUCCAAUGGCCUUCUGUUACAACUGAAGCUAUCUACAAGUCCUCUGGCCGUUAUAUCCCCAAGAAUAUCAUCGCAACCAGGGGCCAAAUCCACGGCGACGAUGUCAUCUUGGCUCUUCCCAGAUACAAACCUGGAGUGCCGGUAACAUUGGCGAAAGUUAGCUUGAAGACUAGAGGUUGCGAAGCUGUUUUGACUCCGUUCCCUUGUUGGUCGACCCAAGAAGAAGGAUCCUGCGAGGCAUUGCAGUCCGUAGUUGAUUUGGUCAUCGAUCCAAAUCAAAUCCUGUGGGUAUUGGACGUCGGUGUCGUUAACACCCUGGGUACUCCGAUCAGACACUGUCCACCCAAAGUGAUCGCCAUCAACUUGCAAACCGGAAAGAAAGUCAAAACCCUGGACUUGUCUGGCUUGGUCGUUCCAGCUUCGAGACUCCAAUACAUCGCCGUCGAAUACGCACCAGACGGUCGACCAUUCGCGUACGUCAGCGACGCCGCCACCCGUUCCAUCCUCGUCUUCGACAUCGCAGGUAACAAAGGUUACCGUGUCGUUCUUCCAAAGGCCAUUGCAGGAUGCCGUCGCGACGUCCUCUACAUCGCUCUCGUCACCAAGGGAUGCGGCAACAACUUCCUCAUUUUCACCUACUUGUCCGGAAGCCGCGUUUUCUCCAUUCGUACCGAUUACCUCAGAGCCGGAUGUGCCGCUGGUAAAAUCACUGACUUGGGAGUCAAGCCCAAGAAGAUGGUAAUCCUGGGUACCGAUCUUGGAUCUGCCCUCUUCUUCAGAUACGAAGGUGAAAACGGAGUUUACAGAUGGGACUCCAACACCCCCUUGUGUCCAGCCAAUUUGGCUCUUGUUUAUCAGAGUCCAGCCUGCUACUUGGCCACCUCUGUACUUCCAGACUUGAAGAGGCAGCGCAUCCGUGUCUUGGAAAGCAACUUCCCAGAUUUUGUUGCCGAUACCGUCGGAUGUGGAGCUUCCCAAAGAGUUAGUCUCAUGUCCAGCUGUCUCGAAUAAGUCCUUUUUGACUGUGAUCUCGAAUAUAAGAAACUGAAUAAAUAAAAGUAUUAUUAAUA